GUUGCACCAGGUGACCUUUGAGGUGCCUACCUGUGAGGGAAAGGAGCGGGAGAAGCUGGCACUGAUUGGCGACUCCUCAUCUUCAGCGGAGUUCUUCGUCACCGUGGCCGUCUUUGCCUUCCUCUACUCCUUGGCUGCCACUGUCGUUUACAUCUUCUUCCAGAACAAGUAUCGGGAGAACAACAGGGGUCCACUCAUUGACUUCAUCGUCACCGUAGUCUUUUCGUUCUUGUGGUUGGUGGGUUCAUCCGCUUGGGCAAAAGGACUGUCUGAUGUCAAGGUCGCAACGGAUCCCAAAGAAGUAUUGUUACUGAUAACAGCUUGCAAACAGUCAUCCAACAAAUGUAUGGCUGUCCACAGCCCUCUAAUGUCCAGCUUAAACACUUCUGUGGUCUUUGGAUUCUUGAACUUUAUUCUCUGGGCUGGAAACAUCUGGUUUGUUUUCAAGGAGACCGGCUGGCAUUCCUCUGGGCAGAGAUAUCUUUCAGACCCAAUGGAGAAGCACUCGGGCAGCUAUAACCAUGGCGGGUACAACCAAGACAGCUAUGGGUCUGGAGGUGGGUACAGCCAGCAGGCAAAUUUGGGGCCUUCCUCCGAUGAGUUUGGCCAACAGCCCACUGGCCCUGCCUCCUUCACCAACCAGAUUUAAAAGGGUAGUACUUGCGUUUUUCUGGAGAUAGCCUCACCAUCUUCCAUUUCAGUGGCAGGAGAAUUUUUUAAGAGUUUCAAUCACUUAUUAAUGCAGAGAGUGUUGAAUGUCAAUCAGAGAUCUGUAAUCCUCAUUAAGGCAGAAAGGCCUGUGUCAUGAUAAAUGGUACUGAAAGAUGAGAUGACAUGAGGAGAUAUGUUAUUCACCUUAGAUGGCUAAUUGGAGAGUACCUUGUUAUAUACACAGUCUUUCAUGGUUGUUUUAUAUGUGUGUUGAAAUAGUAGAAACAUUUUAUAGCUUAAAGUCUCUAGUAUGUAAUAUGCAUAAAGUAAAUUAAAUAGCACUGAGUUUUCCUAUGUGUUUUGAUGCAAAAGACAUUUUAAUGAUUUCUAUAAAAUAAUUUGGUGUAUCACAAUGUGCAUGUACUAUUGCUUUUUAGUUGUAGGCCCUAAUAAGAUUGUGAGUCUCUAAAUAUUUGUUUCAGACAGUUACUGUAGUUUUUUUUACUUGAUGAAUCAAUGCUCAUAUGAUUUAGUGCAUGAAUAGGCAUUUUCUCAUAAAACGAACAUUUCAAUGGUAUUUAUGAAAAUUUUCCAGUUUGCACCAUGAAUUUGUUAAAUGGACGUUUAAAGAAAUAUAUUCACUACUUUGUAUACUUGACAAUUUGUCUCUCUGGCUUUACCCAAUUAUGAAUGCAUCAUAACUAAGGUUUGGGGUUCUUUAUUCCCUAUUAGUAGAUAUUUAGUGUUAAGAUAUGGUAAUUGCCCAAUAUUGAUUCUAUUGAGUUAGCUAAAUAUUUACAUUCUUAUAACUUUCUAUGGUAUUUUGUGACUCUUAUCCUAUGGACUGAGAACAGUAGGCUCAAUAACUGUGUUUAUGAAGUGCUGUUUUCUUAGAGUAAUAGAGAUGCAGAUAUCAUGCACCAGAGUAAAGCUAUUGUGUUGACAUUAAUUUAUAAAGGAUAUUCUGUAGAACCUGCACUACCACCUAAACUUUUAAAUCCUUUUUAUUUGUAAAGUUAAUAUGUUCUUCAAUCCAGUUAUUAAAAAUUCUCAAGUCUCAGCUCAACUUAUUAAUUACUCAUUCUGAUUUGAAAGUUACCCAUAAAUUAAAAAUUACUUCCAUGAGCCACUCCAUAUCCCAAAGAGAGUUCACAUGAAACAACCCCCAGAAUGUAUGCAUUAUCAAGAAAACGCCAUUCUUUGCCUCUUUGUUUUAACUCAAUUGAAACACCAGGGCCUGACAGUGAGGGUAAGCUGAGCAUCUGUAUUUCUAGAUAAAAGUUACUAUCAAUGUAUAAACUCAUUGUGUGAUCUGUGAUGUGGGAAACCUUUUAGCACAAUACAGCCUGUGUCUUAGAUGAUAUCUGUAAUGAGUUUCUGGAUCCUGAUGGAUAAAUCUGUAUUGUGAUAUCUAUUUGACCUUAAUAAAGUUAUUGCAUACA